AUGCAUCUGGAACGUACUCGUAUUCGUUGUUGGAAGGAUCUGGCUGAUGCUUUCCUGAAGCAAUGCAAGUACAACAUUGACAUGGCUCCUGAUAGAUUAGAGCUUCAAACCAUGAUGAAGAAGGACCAUGAAACUUUUAAAGAAUAUGCUCAAAGAUGGAGAGAGACAGCAGCACAGGUUGAGCCACCCCUUUCAGAAAAGGAAAUGGUUUCCUUAUUCAUUGAUACUCUUAGAUCUCCCUAUUAUGACAAGAUGAUUGGAAGUAUCUCCGCAAAUUUCUCUGAUGUUGUCAUUAUAGGAGAAAGAGUAGAAAGUGACAUAAGAAGUGGAAAAAUUGCCUAUGCUGCAGGGGCAACUAGCAUCAAAAGGCCAUUGAGCGGACUUGGGAAAAAGAAAGAAGGGGAAGCCAAUGCAGUAACGUUUCUCCCCUCUGGAAAAGUUGACCCUAGACCAACUUAUACCCCCUAUAAAUCUUACCAUCCCAACACACAAAACCAAUCCUCCACACUCCCCAUACAACCACCCCAAACCAACCAAGCCCAUCACACUUAUCCCAACCAAGCAAGACCCCAAAACUAUCAAGACCGAAAAUCAGUUCACUUUGACCCCAUCCCUAUCACCUAUACAGAACUGUUACCUCAAUUACUGCAGAGCUCAAUGGUGGUGCGUUGUCCCAUGAAAACCCUGGAACCCCCAUAUCCCAGGGGGUAUGCUCCCAAUGCUAGGUGCGAAUACGAUGCAGGUGUUGUUGGCCAUUCUACAGAAAAUUGUAAGGCACUAAAGUUUAAAGUGCAAGAUUUGAUUAAUGCAGGGUGGAUAAGUUUUGAGGAGAAGAAUCCCAAUAAAAGCAAUUCUUUGCCAGGUCAUCAGGGACCAUCUGUCAACCUUAUUGAUGAAGGCAGGGAACAAUUCUUGAGGAGGAAAGUUAAAGAUGUGAAGACCCCAUUGAAGUCCAUUUUUAGAGAAAUAUGCGAAUUUGGACUACUUGAGCGAAAUUCGGAAAGAGAAAAUGCUUGUGAGUUUCACCCUAAUGCAGCCCACACAUUGGAGGAAUGCAUUGAAUUUACCCACACUUCGCAAGACCUUAUGGAUAAGCAAUUAAUCCAAAUUGGUUGCUCCAAGAUUGAUCAAGAGGUGUUGGCAGUUAACGAGUUGACCUCAAAUAGCCCAAAACCUUUGGUCAUCCAUUACACCAAGAAAAGAAUUGCAUCAGUAUCUACUCUACCAAAGCCCAUUACUUUACGAGUCCCUAUGCCUUUCUCAUAUAAGGACAAUAAAAGCGGUAUAACUCAGAGUGGUCGAAUUUAUACUCCUGAGGAAUUGAGGAAUAAACAGUUGAUAGAAAAGAGGAAUAAUUGUGAAAAGGAGGGCACCAAGGCAACUGACUCAAUAGCUAAGGACAGAAAGGAGGAACAAAAGAAAAUGGUCUCUCAUGAAGAGACCUUGGACAGGCUAGAAGGUAUUGUUGGCAACAUCACUGCCAAUAAUUAUCUUACAUUCACUGAUGACGAAAUUCCCGUGGGAGGAGCAGGACAUAACAAAGCUUUUCAUAUUUUUGUGAAGUGUAUGGAUCAUAUCUUGGCAAGAGUCUUAAUUGAUAACGGCUCUUCACUAAAUGUAAUGCCUAAAAUGACCCUAGCAAAGUUACCAUCAGAUGGAUCAUACAUGAAGCCAAGCACUAUGGUGGUUAAAGCAUUCGAUGGCUCUCGAAGAGAAGUGAUUGGGGAAAUAACUUUACCGGUGAUGAUUGGACCUAUUAUCUUUGAAAAACUGAAGUUUAUUAUAGAUGACAAGUUAGUCAUUAUCUCAGCUGAAGAGGACCUGCUAGUGACUAAGCCUUCAUCCACCCCUUACAUUUUCGUCACUGAAGAGGCUCUAGAGACCUCAUUCCAGGCACUUGAGAUUGCUAAUACGACAUAUGUGGGGGAGGGGACAUCUGUCAUAAAGCCACAACCAUCAAAUACAGCUAUGAUGGUAGCGAGAGUUAUGCUUGAAGAAGGUUACCGGCCUGGAUGCGGGUUAGGCAGGAAUGAGCAAGGAUUGAUUGAGUUGCCUAAACCAACUGACAAUAAAGAUAGAUUUGGAGUUGGAUUUGAAUUUGCAGAUCCAGUGGCUGCUGCUGAGGAAGACACCCACAGAGAUGAACAUGUCAAUUUUGUUCGCGCAUGUUUGCUGAAUAUAGAGAUCGGCAAUUGGGAGAACAUUGAGCUUCUUGUGAUUUUAGAUUCAAAAUUCAAACCUGAUGAUGAUAUACUCAAAAAUGUCAAUGCUAAUAUCGCUCUAAAUAAUGUUGACUACCUCAUUAAUCAAGCUAGCAAUGAAACUGAACAUGCCCAUGAUCCUUCUCCUGAACUGCUAAGGCUAGUAGAGCAAGAAACUAAAGAAAUUUUGCCUCACCAAGAACCUACAGAGAUGAUUAAUCUAGGCCUCGGAGAAGAGAAAAAUGAAGUCAAAAUUGGCACUUUAUUGAAAGAGAAUGAGCGCCACAAGUUGAUAAAAUUCCUCCAUGAAUAUGAGGACAUCUUUGCAUGGUCGUACCAAGACAUGCCUGACCUCGAUGCAAAUAUUGUGGAACAUAAAUUACCACUAAUGUCAGAAUGUCCCCCGAUCAAGCAAAAGUUAAGGCGGAUGAAGCCCAAAAUGUCCUUAAAAAUCAGAGAAGAAGUGAAGAAAUAA